GGGGCACUCCUCUUUCUUGGGCCCUUCCUGAAGUGGCGCUGCUCAGGAUUAUUGGACCCAUCUCAGCUGCUUGUGGAGCCCCAGGGAGAGUCUAGCUUUCCACUGGAGUCUAUCAGAGGAACGGUGAUGGCAGAUAGCAGUGCCCUAAAGCCUUAAGUAGUAUGCAACUCUGGUUGUGAUGUGGUGAUGCGAUGCGAUGCGAUGCGAUGCGAUGCGAUGCGAUGCGAUAUAAUAUGACUUACUUACUUUGAGAGGUAGGCGUGCCACAGCUUGUAUACUGACAAGAUCAGAAAGCAACUUUUGGAAGUUCAGUCACUUCUUCCACUGUGUGGGGUCCAGAGACUCAGGGGAUCAGUUUCAGCGACAGUGGCCUUUAUCUGCUGAGCUUUAGGUUUUUAUAGGUCGUUAUCUUUAUGCACGUGGGAAAAGAGACUUUGUGGAGGCUCUUGCAAAUGAGCAAUGAUUACUAGUAAUUAAGCCUUUUACAGCAAGACAGAGGGAUAAUUUCACUCCCAUGUAUGCAAACAGUAACAUGUAAGAUAGCUGUCACAAUUGACAGACCCUUCUGAGAGUGGUGGUCAGUCAAGACACAGCAUGCAUCUUAAACAUUUGGUUUUUUUGGAAAACCCAUCACCACAGCAGCCUUGUGAAGGUAAGAGUGCCCAGCACCCCUGAGCUUCCAGAAAUAGAGAAUGUGGUGAGUGAGUCUGGUAACCCGGAGGCUUAGUAGGAAGUAGGCAGAAAAGCCUGGUCAGCGCGCACAGCCCUUGGGGCUGAUGGAGAAGCUGAGGAAGCCAUGUGGACCAACUGUCCUAGCAGUGUUCUCACGAAGCCCCUCUUCCCCAGCUUGCUUCCCAGAGCCCUGCCUUGUCUCAAAGAGAAGAGAACAAUGACCAAGUUACAGGAGGCAGUGACAUUCAGGGACGUGGCCGUGGUCUUCAGCGAGGAGGAGCUGGGGCUGCUGGACGCUGCUCAGAGGAAGCUGUACCACGAUGUGAUGCUGGAGAACUUCAGGAACCUCCUGGCAGUGGGAGGCCAGAGUCCAAAUAAGAUGGAGAUUGUUGACGCAACAGGAUUAAGGUGCCUUUCACUGGGGCAGCUUCUCUGCUGGGGAGAAACAAGCCAUAAUAUCAACAAACUAGCCAGAGCUCUAGAAGCUGUAAUCAACACUCAGGGAAAGUGUUCUCACUCAUUGGAGCAGUGCCACUCCUCCUGCCACAGGGUAUCAGAAGAGCCUCCCCGGGAUUCUGAGGAUAGCAGUUCUCCUGAUCUGACAAAUGACCAUUCCAGCAUUACUGAAAAUCAGGAAUUUCUGUCUGGGAGAGCCCAGGGUUCUUGGGGUAAAAGACGUCUUAGGAAAAGACAGAACCAUCAGAAAAACUGUCUGCAGACUCUGAUGAAAAACAAGCCACAGCUGCUGGCUCAGCAUUCUCCUGUACAUAGUACGCAGGAGGACACCAGGCAUAGCUUCAGUGUGCCAGUUCAAGAAAGCAUUUAUCCAGGAAGAAAGCGCUACAGGUGUCAAGAGUGUGGCAAGGCUUUCCGUCAGAGCUCAGCACUUCAGACUCACCAGAGAGUGCACACAGGGGAGAAGCCCUACAGGGGCAACAGCCGUGGGAAAAACUUCAGUCGUAGCUCGGAUCUCAACAUCCACCGCCAAGUGCACACUAGAGAGAAACCUUACACAUGUAAAGUGUGUAAGAAGCGCUUCAUGCAGUGUUCGCUUCUCCAGGCUCACAAGAGGAUUCACACAGGAGAGAAGCCAUAUAAGUGUGGCGACUGUGGCAAGCGCUUCAGCUGUAUCUCGAACUUUCACAUCCACCAGAGAGUCCACACUAAGAGCAAACCGUCCAAGUGUGAUUAUGGGAAGCCCUUCAACUUGAGAUGCAACUUCCACAGCCAUCAGCGGGUCCACACAGGAGAGAAGCCAUAUAAAUGUGAAGAGUGUGGGAAGGGUUUCACUUCAGCCUCAAGCUUCCAAAGACACCAGCGGGUCCAUACAGGAGAGAAGCCAUUUGUCUGCAGUGUGUGUGGGAAGGGCUUCAGUCGGACUUCAUACCUUCAGACUCAUCAGAGAGUGCACUCAGGGGACAAGCCUUAUCAGUGCGACAGCUGUGGGAAGGGCUUCACUCAGUUGUCACACCUCCAGGCCCACGAGAGAAUUCACACAGAUCAGAAGCCAUAUAAGUGUGGAGACUGUGGCAAACGCUUCAGCUGCAGCUCAAACCUUCACACCCACCAGAGAGUCCACACAGGAGAGAAACCCUAUAAAUGUGAGGAGUGUGGGAAAGGCUUCAGCCUUGUCUCUGGGCUACAGGCUCAUCAAAGAGUCGAAACUGGCAAGAAGCCAUUCAAAUGCAAUGCAUGCCAGAAGCGAUUUAGUCAGGCCUGGAACCUCCAUGCCCACCAGAGGGUGCACACUGGGGAGAAGCCCUACAAAUGUGACACGUGUGGGAAAGCCUUUGGCCAGAGGUCUGGUCUCCAAAUCCAUCAGAGAAUUCAUACUGGGGAGAAGCCUUUCAAGUGUGAGGAGUGUGGGAAGGAAUUCAGCUUGAAUUCCGGGCUUAUUGCUCACCGGAGAGUCCACACGGGAGAGAAACCCUAUGAGUGCAAGGACUGUGGGAAAGGCUUCAGUCUUGCCUCAAGUCUACGGACUCAUCAGAGAGUUCACACUGGUGAGAAGCCCUUCCAAUGCAAUGAGUGCCAGAAGCGGUUCAGUCAGGUCUCACACCUCCAGUCCCACCAGAGAGUGCACACUGGGGAGAAGCCCUACAAAUGUGACCGGUGUGGGAAAGCUUUCAGCCAGAAGUCUGGGCUCCAAGUCCAUAAGAGAAUUCACACUGGGGAGAAGCCGUUCAAGUGUGAGGAGUGUGGGAAGGAAUUCAUCUGGAGCUCAGGGCUUAGUGCUCACCGGAAGGUUCAUACAGGAGAGAAACCCUACAGACGUCGGCAGUAUGGGAAGGGCCUCAUCAGGCCUCACACUUCCGAUUAACAGUCUGUUUCAAUGUAAACAUAGCAGGAGCAUUAUAUCAAUCCUGUAAGAAAAUAAUAGGAAACAAAAUAUAAGUUAGCUAUUAUACAAUGAGAAAAACCAUUAUGACACAUGGCGAAUUACAUAGUCAGAUAGCAUUCUGAUAGGAAAUGAUAUAUGUAGAUUUAUAUUUAACAAUUUUAUAUACCCUGGAUAUAGGAUUAGAAGUCCAAUCAGAUGCAAUUAGGGACCAUGUCUCCAGUAUCUUCCUUUGAUUCGGUCUCUGGCAUGGGUGGAGCGUCUCCAGAUGAUGAUGGCUGAAGUGGUCAUGAAGGAAGUGGCAGGUAUCGAAGUCUCUGUCUAUGGAGAAGACGUGGCACAAUCAAGUGGUCUGGCAUCUAUAGGGUCCUAUAAAUAUAUAAACAGAACUUCUUCUGAAAAAAACAUCUAGUCUUUUUUAUUGUCCAAUUAGUAGGUUUUUAUUAGAGGCUUGAGAUUUUCAAAGGGCGACUUAUUUUUUGUUCUAUGAUAACAGUAUGUGUGGCAUGAAUUAGUUAAACUGCUCUAUGCUUCCAACAGGUUGCACAUGCACACCUGCCCAAGAGCUCUCUGGAUUCAUAAAUGAAAGAUGCAUGCACAUACUAGUUAAUUUUGAUAUGCCUUGGCUGGCUUAAAGGCUGGGCACUUCUAAUCCUUCCCAAGGCUAGCAAACACUACCCUCCAAUAUUCCAGAGUUAACAUUCUUUAAUAUCUAUAGCUCAUCUCUGAUACCCCGGACCCAGUCAGGGAAGUGGCCACUAGGGCCACUUACCUGAAUUUUUACAUGGCUAGUCCAUCCUAUACCCCUGCAAUGGAGAUUCUGCUUCUUACCCUCCCUUCCAAGCCCUGGGAUCCUAAAAGUCCCGCCUUUGUCUGUCCUGCCUAGCCAUUGGCUGCCGGGAUCUUUAUUUACCAAUCAGAACCAACUGAGGGCAAACUCCCUCAGUGUCUUAUGUGCAGACACUCCUGUAAGCAGUUUUGGAGACCAAAAUUAACACAAGCGGCAUUAAGCCAAACCCACUUCAGGGAUGAGUAAUUGUGAUCUUGUUUUGUAAUUUAUGUGUCUGUCUUUUAAGGUCUGAUGAGCUCAUUUCAUAAUAGCAUGUCCCUGUGAAUUGUAGGAAAUGUCAGUGGAGUAUGAGAAAUUAAGAGUCAAAUACCAAUUUUUAAAAAAGCUUUUUAACUUCAAACAAGGGUGUUGUCUGAUUUUUAAAAGCCCUUGGCAUAUCCAAGAUUAUAAAAUAAUGAAACAAAUGCUGUAUCAUGUCUUUGAAAGUUUUUCCAGGUUAGGCAAAGUCAUAAAUAUCAAUGAGAAAGAACUAAGUGUCCUUACAUAUAAGAAUAAAGGCUAACUUUCCAAAAGGCAGGACAGAUGUACCAUUUGUUUUAAAUCACAAAGACUCAGGUUUAUCAGGGAUUAACUCCCAAGAGGAGCUAGCAGGAAUUCAGGAGCAGUUUAACUGAGUGCUGUAAGAUUUUGCUAAGUUGCUUUUGUAGGAAAAGCAACCUUUUGCCAAGGAACUAAUUUAAUCCUUACCUUCAUGCAUAGGACCAUGAAGCAGAGAAUGAACUUGAACGUGUCCAAUAGAGAAAGGCAAUUUCUAAAUUGAAGCAAGACUUGUAAUUCUGCAAAUUGGGUCUAGAAUCACGAAAUAGUUAUAAAACAGCAAAGCAGUUUUUAAAAGGGCUUGUCUUUAGUAUUUAAAAGACAGUAACUAUUGUCAUUGGCUUCAUUUGCUAUACAAAGGUUUCUUGUGUGAGGAAAUUUUCUUUAAGAUCUUUAAUAGUUAAGAUUGCCUGGAGUCAGUCAGUCAGUCUCUCUCUCUCUCCCCCUCCCUCCCUCCCUCCCUCUAUCCCUCUCUUUUCUUUCUUUCCUUUCUGUCCAUUCAUCUGUCUGUCACUAUCCACUAGCCAGCCUGCCUGCCUGCCUCCCUUCCUUCCUCCUUCCUUUCCUCCUUUCUUUAUUUUGGUUAUUUGGGCCCAGAUUUUGUUGAUGUUUAAUAUAACAAAGAACAAUUGAUUAUUUUUCUCUGCUUCAGUUUUAUCGAUUUCUGCUUUGAAUUUUUAAUUUUUUCUGUUUUUUUUUUUUUUUUCUGUCUACUGAAUUUGGAUUUGGAUUGUUGUUGUUCAAAACUCCUGAAUUACAUUUUGAAGUCAUUUAUUUGUGCUCUCUCUGGUUUUUAAAUCUAUGUAUUUAGAGCUUUAGAUUUCUAGGACUUCUACUAAUGUGUCUCGGGAUUUGUAUUACACUUGAAUUUAAAUCUAUUUCAAGCAGGACAUAUAAUUUUAAUUUCUUGAUUUUUUUUUUUAAAAAAAUCGUUCAUCAUUAAGUAAUAUGUUCUUUAGUUUUCAUGAAAUGCUUUAAUUGCUAGAGAUUUGUUGUUGAUUUAAAGUUUUAUAAUAUUGUAGUCAGAUAAGAUAUCUGGAGAUAUUUCAAAUUUUGGAGUUUGAAAGGUUUCAAAAGUUCAUGCCUGACUUGGUGCCAAAUGUCUCUCCCUCUGUUAUUUUUUUGUUGAGUUGUUUCUUCAAACCAUUCCCCAAUUCCUAUAAACAUUUCAUAUGUUAACUCUUUCAUUCCCCUCUUUUUUUUUUUUUUUCAGACAUCUUGGAUAACUCUUUUUGAGCCAAGUUCUUAUGUAUAUCCAUCCACAGUAAAAACUCUUCUUGAGUUAGGCAGGCUCUGGCCAUUUUAAACCAACCACGAAGAGUCCCAAGCAAUUUAAAUUGCAAAGGUUCCUCUAAGUGAUCCUAAUCCAUACCUAAAGAUUCUCCCUGUUAAAACAAAAACAAAACAGUUUUAGAGGCAGGCAGAUUUCUGAGUUCGAGGCCAGCCUGGUCUACAGAGUGAGUUCCAGGACAGCCAGGGCUACACAGAGAAACCCUGUUUCAAAAAAAACAAAAACAAACAAAAAACCCCAACCAAAGAUUCCCCUAUAGCUGAGGUUGGCUUGUGGCAGCAGCAGGCCCGAUAGGCCCCUUCCAUUUCUUUUUAUGUUUUUCAGGGGGUCUUGUGGAAUUGCUUAUAUUUCAAUGCUGCGUGGUAGGCCAGUUACAUUUAUGAUGUUUUGUUAAUUUCCUUUCUGAGUCAGAUUCCUCCUCUGAUGUUUAUUUUUCCUCUUCUGAUGCGUCACUGCCCUCUCCUGAGCUCUUUUUUCAGCCUUUUCUGUAGAGGGAUAAACAUUGUUCUUAGAUCCUGAGUGAAACUGUAGCGACGGAGGUGAAGCUAGUAUCUUCUGAGCACCUAUGACUUUUUGUCAUCCACCAGUGCCUUCCUAAGCGUAUUCCAAAUAGCAAUCACUGUAAGGGGCAUGUCGAAUCCUCCAGUCUCUGUAAACCAGUUCUCCCGUGUAUGCACAUCUACAGUUACCCCUUCUGAAAACCAAGGACUGACUGACUGUACAAAGUGAAGAAAGGCAGUCGGCUGGCUAGUGCCAACCUUAAUGCCUGUUUCUUUAAGAGUAUGAUUAAUACCAUCUGUAAAGAACUCUCUGUAGAUUUUACUUUGCCCCAUCCUGAUUCAAUUCAGUGCUUCCAGUAGUUGAUGGAAUCUCUGUUGGUAGCUACAAACUAUUUACGUUUACAGGGUCAGUACCAGAUAGCAGGCCAGUGCUUAAUACUAGCCAAUAAAACUCCCACUAAAAGUGACAAGCAGCUGUGUAUUUAUCAAUAACCUAUUGGAUGCCUCUUUCAGGCUGAACACACAGAUCCCAUUUUAGAGCUUUAUACUUAGCAGCAAACAAUCGGGGUGCCUUCUUUUCAGGUGGAAGGGGCACUGCCUUUUCAGGCAGGGGUGCUUUCUUUCCAGUUGUCUUCUUUCAGGCCACACAGAUUCGGAUUACUUGCCGGACCUAAACUGAUUUUCACUAAUCAGUGGGCUAGCUAGGCCCUGGAUGAGAUCCUAACUCUUUUGAGACACACACAGACUUUUGGGGCUUACCUCAAGAAGUCCCUGUUCAAGGUGUCAUUAGUGAUGCUGGAGGCCAGCCCUGGCUGUUCUUUCUUGUUCCUUCUUCUUGAGGCAGUGGAAGGAGAACAUCAGUGCGGGUUAAGACUUGGUCUUAUGAGGUAUUUAGGGUUGCUGUAUAAUAAUAAAAUGUUUACCUAUCUUAAAUCUUAAGUCACUUUGCUUCGGUAGCUGGCCUGAAGUUCCUCUGAAGCAAGAAAUUGUUUAGCACCUCAUUGAAAAACAGCAGGGGAUUCAGUAAAGUAGCCUUUGUUUCUAUCUCCACAGGAACUGCUCAGCUCUAACACCCAGCCUGCUAGUUGAAGUUGCAGGAAGAAGAAGGGACAGUUUGAGAAGUGAUUUUAGCCUUUAUUUCUAAGUUCUAAAAGGCUUUCUAUGAAAGUUCUCUAAGAAAAAAGUGGGGAAGAGGGUUGUCUUGGCUCUUUGUCCUUAGCACUCAGACAUCUUUUAGAAUACAUGAUCACAUGGUAAAAAGUUCAUCACAAGUUUACACAUAAAUUCAAAUCAGAGAAUGUUUACAUGCCUAUCCAUAGGAGUAAGUAUCUGGCUAAACAUCCACUAUCUGUCACUAGUUCUACAGGUUCAUGGAGAGCUAAAAAUCAUAACUUUUGUGACUAAGUUAUGGAGAAGUUUUGUAUAGGUAAACCCAGUCAAUAUUUUAUCUUCCAACCUUGCACCUAUAGUAAAUCCUUAGUUCCCUUUUUAUGACCCUUUGUUAAUUGUUUUACAACCUCUUGGAAUGUACUUCAAGUUGUAAAUGCCUGCUUGCUAUCUCGGAAGCAAUUAAGUGGUGACACGUGAAGGCUGACAGAGUUCUCAUUGCAGUUUUGAUAACAGAAAGGACUGAAUGACAGUCCUAUAAUAAAAGAGCUUAAUAAUUACUACUAAAACUUGAGAAAUUCUUACAGGAUCAUCAAGAAUUAAGAAAUCAUUUAGUCGUCUAUAUGGUAUCACUUCUGAUGUGAUACAUACAUCUUUGUUGUUCUGCAGAAAUCUGCUCAACUGGGUGGGCUAAUACCUAGUGAUUGUUAUAUAUAUAUUAAUAAUAACAGAAAAAAUAUUAGUAGCAGGAAUCUUUCCUAAAAUGAAGUUCUCCUUGGCCUUGCCUAAAUUGUAGAUUUUAAUCCAUGGUGGAACCAUCUCAAGAUCACCUGCUAGUUUUUAGCUUCUCCUUGAUGGCUCUGGCAAACAGGAAAUGUGCUAGAAGCUUCAGAAUUUCACAAGAAACACCAUGUUAACAGCAAAAAAUUUAAAAGGGGAUUUUUCUGUCACGUGGCAACAAGUCAAGGGAAAAAAUGGGAAAAUGCCUUAUUUGUCCUUUCAUAACUAAACUCCAUUAUCUGAAGGGAGUAACCCAAAAGGUACACAAAGAAAUGGAAUUUGACAAAUGGAUGUAUUUCCCCAGAACCAGUGUGGAAGAAAAGACAAAUUCCUGCAUAUUGUCUUCUGACCGCCAUAGGAGGGCCAUAGACCACACACACACACACACACACACACACACACACACACACACACACACACGCACGCACGUACAAAUUUUAAAAAUCCUUUAUAAUUGUGUAGCUAGUCAGUAGUGGUAUACACCUUUAUUCCGCUCUCAGAAAGGAAUAUGUAACUACGCUGGCCUGGCUACUUCCCAGCCAUGUGCCCCAUUACCUUAAUCAUGACCUGGCUGCUCCUGCUCCACUGAAGUCCUCAUAGUGGUCCUGCAUGGCGACGACCUCCUCACGGCCUUCUCAAAGCCACCUUCUCAUGGUGUCUUAGUUAGAGUUUUACUGCUGUGAACAGAUACCAUGACCAAGGCAAGUCUUAUAAAAAACAUUUAAUUGGGGCUGGCUUACAGGUUCAGAGGUUCAGUCCAUUAUCAUCAAGGUGGGAGCAUGGCAGUAUCCAGGCAGGCAUGGCACAGGAGGAGCUGAGAGUUCUAUGUCUUCAUCCAAAGGCUGCUAGUGGAAGACUGACUUCCAGGCAACUAGGGUGAGAAUCUUAUACCCACACCCACAGUGACACACCCAUUCUAACCAGGUCACACCUAUUCCAACGAGGCUACACCUUCAGAUGGUGCCACUCCCUGGUCCAAGGAAAUACAAUCCAUCACACAUGGCAUCCUUCUUUCCUUGACUUUCUCCAUUCCACCAGGGACCCCCCUACAUUGGGAUCAGAAGUCCUGCCUCAACUCUCCUUUACUACAAACUAUUGGCUAUUGAGCCUUUAGUAAUCAAUCAGAGAUGAUGGAGAACAAUUUUUACCCAACUUUAAGACAGGACAUGCAUGUUUCAUAGGAAUGACAAUAUCCAUGGCUAGACUGCAACCAGAUCCCUGAACACAGAAACCAGCAUCUGAAUACACUGUGCACAAAACUAUUCCCCCACACUAGGGUAUCAGGGACUCAUCAUGUAGCACAGGCUUGCCUCAAGUUUGCUGUGUGAGGAUAGCUAUGAGUGAUUGUUACUGUAGCCUCCACCAGCCUUGAGCAGGCUGGCUCAGACCUGUUCUGCCAUUGUGAACGAGACCACCUAGGGUGGAGCCUUCUACCUAGAUAGGGAUAUUGUUCUGCCACCUGUGCUCUUCUCCAGGACACAGCUACCUGCUGAGUGGCUGAACCUGUCUUCCUUAAACAUUCCUGAGAUAAGCUGACAACCUGGUGACUGGCGACCAAGUGCUGACAGGCUGGCAACAAAGCAUCAGAGCCUGACAUGGUGGGAAAUGGGCUUUCUCCCUUUAUAAGCUCAGACUCUUAAGUAAACAUUGGGCCUUGAUCAGAA